GCGCGUGCGCGUUACUGUCAGAGCACAGAGUGAGCGAGAGACUAAAUCGAGAGGAGCCGGGGAGGGAGAGAGGUGACGGGCCGGACCAGCUGCACUGCUUUCUCCUCUCACAGAGCCCAGCACCGUGACCCCCGCAGCCGGCCUUUCCUCACAGCAGCCAAGCAUGACGGAGCCGCAGUCUGCGCUCCUGCUGCGGAGACAGCUCGCAGAGCUUAAUAAGAAUCCGGUGGAAGGGUUUUCAGCUGGACUUAUAGAUGAUAAUGAUCUGUACCGAUGGGAAGUUCUUAUAAUUGGGCCACCUGACACUUUAUAUGAGGGUGGUGUAUUCAAGGCACAUUUAACGUUUCCAAGGGACUAUCCCCUCAGGCCGCCUAAGAUGAAAUUUAUCACAGAAAUAUGGCAUCCAAAUGUUGAUAAGAAUGGUGAUGUAUGUAUAUCUAUUCUUCAUGAGCCUGGGGAGGACAAAUAUGGCUACGAGAAACCAGAGGAGCGUUGGCUUCCGAUUCAUACGGUGGAAACCAUAAUGAUCAGUGUCAUAUCUAUGCUAGCAGAUCCCAAUGGAGAUUCUCCAGCCAAUGUCGAUGCAGCAAAAGAGUGGAGAGAAGACCGUAAUGGAGAAUUUAAAAGAAAAGUUGCCCGUUGUGUAAGAAAAAGCCAAGAGACCGCUUUUGAGUGACAAUUAUUCAGCAGAUAGUAGCUUCACGAUUUCAGGGUCUCCAUUUGAGAAACAAGGCACUGUUUUUUCCUGCACUCUACCCACCUUUUGCUGGACUUUUUGUUGUAAUAAGUUGGCAAACACUGGCUGGCACCGGGGUUGCAAUAAAACACGCCAGUUAUCAAUGCUGACAAGAGCCUAACAAGUGCCAACUUAAAGGUGAUUUUUCGCAUUUCAAAAAAAAAUAAAAAAUCUAAUGAACUGCUUUAAACUUCAGGAAGAAUUGUACAGACCUGUACAUAGCACAACAUGAUCCGGAUAAUAUAUAUACUGUUCAUGUACAUCCAUAAACACACAUUGUACCAAAUAAUGCUAUUGUUGUUUAGGGUAAGAAUUGUGUAAAGUCUGGUAAAGAUGCUAAUAAGGAAGAAGUAAAUGCGAAGAAAAGGAAGAAAAAAAUACAUGUUGUGGGAUUUCUCAAGUCUUCUGUCCAGUCUGAUCUCUCCAGCUGUGAAUCGAUUAGUUUGUAUUAACAAAAAAAAGCAUGUGAAGUUGGAAUCUAUAAGAUUUACAGAAUUCUAGGUUCCCUCUCUCUUUACAGGGCAGGAGCUCAUCAAAGCCUUUCAUACUUGUAUCUUCCUUUUGGCCUUACUGGGGCCGCUGUCCCUUUCUAUGCAGAAAAAGGCCACUUUGUGAUGCUGAUGGACAAUUCUUUAACAAUUUGAUUUUAAACUGAUCGAGCGCAGCAGAUCUUUAGACAAUCUCCCAUUUAAGGAGUUGAUCCGCUUUUUAGGUAUUACGCUUGUCUUGUUGCUCAUUCUCUGUAAUAUAAGAGAUCCAGUGACUUCAACAAGGACAUUAUAAUGUCUGUCAAUGUUGUUGACCUUGAUAGAUCUUCCCUGUCCUUCAAAUCAUUGGUCACUGCAGGAUUUUGAUUACCUCUUUAAAGUGAUCUAGAAACCUAUAACCCCUAAGGGGACACAACUCUGGUAAUUAAACUCCUGAAGUGCCUUAUUUCUUUCCAAAAAGUACUAAUAUGUGUAAUGUAUUUAAAAAAAGAAAGUCACUCCUAAAGGCUGAUGUGUCUAAACAUGUGCUGCUAGAACCUAUUUGCUACCAGGAGCACCCAAACCCCUGCUGCUUUUAACAAACUGACCUGUGAGCAUUGGCGAAUGCGUUUCCUGUCUGAUUACUUUCUGUUGAUGCCUGGUAAUAAAAAAUGAACAAAAGGAAAGCAUGCAUAGGUAUUGGUUUAUCAGAGUUUCUUCAGGGUUUGACAUAGUCUGCAUUUCCCUUUUGUCUCCCCGUUUUAUUCUUUGACUUCCAUCUUUUUUAUUUUAUUUUGCUCAUCCCUCUUUUCCUAUUUCAUCCUUUUACAGUUUUAGCCUACAGCUGCAUUUUUUCCCCCAACUAAUGUACAAAGAGAAAAUUGCGAUGUAUAUUUUCAUGUUAUUUGAUUUUGGAAUUCUGUCACCUUCUUUAGUGCGUUCUUCCAAAAUAUAAUUUUUUUUCCAAUA